CCCGCGCCGAAUACCGGCCCGCCCGCCCGCUUCGCCCCGCCCGAGGGCCCGCUGAGCGCGGCCGGAGAGGGGCGCGGGGAGGUCCCGGCGGGCGCUGCCCCGACCGCGGCGAGUUCGGGGAGUUGCACUAGUUGGCGGGGCGAUGGAGGAGCAGGAGCGGGGGUCGGCGCUGGAGAAGAACGUGGCGGAGCUGACGGUCAUGGACGUGUACGACAUCGCGGCGCUGGUGGGCCACGAGUUCGAGCGGGUCAUCGACCAGCACGGCUGCGAGGCCAUCGCGCGCCUCAUGCCCAAGGUCGUGCGCGUCCUGGAGAUCCUGGAGGUGCUGGUCAGCCGCCACCACGUCGCGCCCGAGCUGGACGAGCUGCGCCUGGAGCUGGACCGCCUGCGCCUCGAGAGGGUGGACCGCAUCGAGAAGGAGCGCAAGCACCAGAAGGAGCUGGAGCUGGUGGAGGACGUGUGGCGGGGGGAGGCGCAGGACCUCCUGUCCCAGAUCGCCCAGCUGCAGGAGGAGAACAAGCAGCUGAUGACCAACCUCUCCCACAAGGACGUCAGCUUCUCCGAGGAGGAGUUCCAGAAGCACGAAGGCAUGUCGGAGCGGGAGCGGCAGGUGAUGAAGAAGCUGAAGGAGGUGGUGGACAAGCAGCGCGAUGAGAUCCGCGCCAAGGACCGGGAGCUGGGCCUGAAGAGCGAGGACGUGGAGGCUCUGCAGCAGCAGCAGACGCGGCUGAUGAAGAUCAACCACGACCUCCGGCACCGCAUCACGGUGGUGGAGGCGCAGGGCAAGGCCCUGAUCGAGCAGAAGGUCGAGCUGGAGGCCGACCUGCAGACCAAGGAGCAGGAGAUGGGCAGCCUGCGGGCGGAGCUCGGGAAGCUGCGGGAGCGGCUGCGGGGCGCCCCCAGCCAGAACGGCGAGGAGGAGCCCGAGGCGGAGCCUGGCCGGGAGGAGAGCAUCUCGGAGGCAGAGAAGGCGGCCAUGGACCUCAAGGACCCCAACCGCCCCCGCUUCACGCUGCAGGAGCUGCGGGACGUGCUGCACGAGAGGAACGAGCUCAAGUCCAAGGUGUUCUUGCUGCAGGAGGAGCUGGCGUACUAUAAGAGUGAAGAAAUAGAAGAGGAAAAUCGAAUACUCCAGCCCCCGCCCAUCGUCCACCCGAGGAUGUCCCCCCAGCCGGAGUCUGGGAUCAAGCGACUGUUUAGCUUCUUCUCCCGGGACAAGAAGCGCCUGGUCACCACGCAGCGGGGCCCACACGGCCAGGAGUCCUUCGGCCAGUGGGCCCGUGCCCACCGGGACGACGGCUACACGGAGCAGGCACAGGAGGCCCUGCAGCACCUGUGAGCCGGCCGCCCGCCCUCGGACCUGCACCCGCGCCCGUGCCCGGCGCCGCGGGCCUGCCACGGACCCGGCGGCCCAGGGCUCGCGGCCUCGCACACCCUCGGGUCAGGCGCCCCUCAAAACGGAGCCUCAGACAGACUGUCCGCCCCGAGGAAGCACGUGGAGAACUUGCCAGACUCUGCGGAGUGUGCGGACACCCAGGCCCUCCCCGUGUGUCGUAGGUGACUGUGGUCCCUCCGUUUCUAUUUAAUACGCGUGUGCGCACGGAGGCCAGACUUCUGCAUUAACUCGGUAACACAAGCUUCUUUACGCCAAAUACACCCCUUGCCGCUGUUGAA